CUUGCACCCAAAUAUCGCUGUCGACGACCUGCGGCGCAAAAUCCGCCAUCAAUUGGCUGGGAGGCGGAACCUUAUAGCGGAAGCUCAGGCGAAAGCCUGCCAAAAGUCACACUUCACUUGCCGUUUGAGGACGACCUUUUCGAGAACGCGAAUUCUGG